AAGGCCGCUCCUGGUGGCGCCUCAGUCCCACCCUGGGCUCUCCGGCGAUGGAUGUGUGGCUCCUCAUAGGCAUGCUGGUGGCCCCCGGCGUGGGGAGCCACCCUCUGGACACGCCCCACCGGCCGCAGGAGCUGCUGCCAGGACUCUCAAAAAACAUCAAUAUCACGCUCCUCAAUGGCAUGUUUAAAAAUGUGGAGAGUGCGUCUGAAAUUUUCGACUGCCUGGGCUCCCACUUCACCUGGCUGCAGGCCGUCUUCACCAACUUCCCCGCGCUGCUGCAGUUCGUCAGCGGCCUGAGGUGCGUGGCUGGCCUCUGCCCCCGCGACUUGGAAGACUACGGCUGCGCCUGCCGGUUUGAGAUGGAAGGGCCGCCCGUGGACGCACCGGACGGCUGCUGCUUCCAGCACCGCAGGUGCUAUGAGGAGGCCGCUGAGAUGGACUGUCUCCAGGACCCCAGCAAGAUUAGCACGGACAUCAACUGCGUCAGCAAGAAGAUCACAUGUGAGUCCAGGGACCCUUGUGAGCGCCUGCUGUGCACCUGCGACAAGGCCGCCAUUGAGUGCUUGGCCCAGUCCACGGUCAACCCCUCCCUGAGCCUGCUGGACCCUGCCUUCUGCCUGACUCAGCCUCCGGAGACAACCAGCAGGAAGGAGCUGACGACCCUUCUGCCCAGAGUGGAACCCGCGGAGCCUGCGGAGCCCACAGACAGUGGCCUGCUGGCCCUCUCGGGAGAAGUGUCUGCUGAGACCAGAGGCGACCAAAUGACCACUCUCUUCAGGACAAGUAAGCCCAGGGGACUCCAGGAGACAGCAGAGGACAAAUGCCAUCUAAAUAAAUAUUCGUAUUCAGUUGGUGGUGGCCCCGCCAACGCCAGCUCCCCUGUGAGGCCCCAGAAGCAGAGCAAAGGCCACGCUGCCCCCCGGGCCCAGUGGGUGGGAGCUGCCCUGGAGAAGAAGAACCACUGCAAGACCCGGAAGGCACAGAAGCCGGGAGCACCCCCACCCCUUCAGACCCAGCCUGAGGACCCCGACCCGCUGCUCCGCUGCUCCGAGUCACCUGCCUGCCUCGGGCCUGGACCUGGGUCUGCAGAAGUCGCCGUCACAGCCAGAGGGGGGACCGUUGUCCCCGCCAGCACUAAGUCUUCGGGGCUGGCUGUGUCGUCUGUCGGGCGUGGUCCCGAGCGGACAACUGGGAAAGCUUGUGACAGGGUCACCUUCCUGCACCUGGGGAGUGAGGACCACACACAGGUGAUGCCGCAGCUGGGAGAGAUGCUCUUCUGCCUGAUGUCCCGGUGCCCGGAGGAGUUUGAAUCGUACGGCUGCUACUGUGGGCCAGAAGGAGGAGGAGAACCAGUGGACACGCUGGACAGGUGCUGCUGGUCUCACCACUGCUGCCUGCGGCAGGUGAGAAGGCUGGGCUGCCUGCCCGAGAGGCUUCCUCGGUCCCCGGUGGGCUGUGCGGACGGCACCCCCCAGUGUGCGGGGCACAGCCUGUGCGCGAAGCUGCUCUGCGCCUGCGACCACACGGCGGCCCAGUGCAUGGCCGCGGCCUUCUUUAACCAGAGCCUGGCGAGGGCCGGCGGGCGGGAGUGCCGGGGCAGCCCACCCCCCUGCGAGGACGGCGAGCAGGGCGGGCCUUCCGCUCCCUCCCCGGGCUCCAGCUCCGAGGACAGCAGCGAGGAGGAGGAGGCCCAGCCCCACGUGGCACACCCGCGAAGAGCCAGAAGGUUUCUGGGGAAGCCACUCAGCCCUGUGCAGGCCGGGCCUCCCCACCGCCCCAGAUAGAGCC